CUAGAGAGCUAGAGGUGUCGCCUGAGCACACUUCCUGGAUGCACAGUAACCGCUUUGUCGUCGGAAUCUUGUACAUUACAAGCUGUCAAUUACAGGACAUUCUUCAAUUUUUGCUUCCCAUUGGCUGGUCGUGCGAGACAACAAACAACAAAGAAAAUACAUCCGGCAUGCUGGUUCGGUGCUCAUUCUGUUGAGAGCCCUUUACAACGCGUUGUACGCCUCCAGUUACACUUAUAACAGCUUCUCUGGUGAAGAGGAAACCUUUUUUUUAUCUUUAAGAGUGAUCGUUAAACGUUUGGAGAUGAACGGAGACUGCGUGGACGCGCGGCGCGAGGCUACAACAGAUCCUGGUACAGAUGUGGCAUCUGGACUGCAGCCCAUGCAGGUGGACGCUAAGGGUCAGUCUCAUGUCUUCAGAUACAGCCUGAACUACCCCAACAUCGGGCACUGCGUCAUCAUCAACAACAAGAACUUUGAUCGCAAGACAGGCAUGAACCAACGCAAUGGCACUGAUGUAGAUGCAGGAAACGCAAUGAAUGCGUUUCGAAAGCUUGGAUACUCUGUGAAAGUUUAUAAUGACCAGACAGUAAUGCAGAUUAAGCAGGUUUUAACAACAGUCGCCCGUGACGACCACAGUCGCUGUGCAUCAUUAGUGUGUGUGAUGCUCAGUCAUGGAGACGACGGGGUGUUUUUUGGCACUGAUGGUUCUCUGGAGCUAAAGUCCUUAACUAGCCUGUUCAGAGGAGAUCGCUGCCCAUCGCUAGUGGGGAAGCCUAAACUUUUCUUCAUACAGGCUUGUAGAGGUACAGAGCUGGAUCCUGGUGUGCAGACUGAUGCCAGUAGCAGCUCAGAUGGUCCAGUGAGGAUCCCUGUGGAGGCAGACUUCCUCUAUGCGUACUCUACAGUACCAGGUUACUACUCCUGGAGAAACACCAUGAGCGGUUCAUGGUUCAUUCAGUCUCUCUGUGAAAUGAUAGCAAAGUAUGGCAAAGAACUUGAGCUCAUGCAGAUCAUGACCAGGGUCAACAAUAAAGUAGCGUACGACUUUGAGUCGACCUCCAACAUGCCUGACUUUGACGCUAGGAAACAAAUCCCCUGCAUUGUCUCAAUGCUCACCAAAGAGAUGUACUUCAAUCCUUAAAGGUACAAGGGAACUUUAAGGCAUAUGAUAUAGAUUUAGGGGUUGAGUUUAAAAGUGUAAGACCCUUUUUACACAGGGAAACUCUUUUUCAGAUCCACUUAUUUACCAGAAGCAUUAGCUGAACAUGCAUAGUUUGGGAUUUCUCUCCCAGGACUGUUAUUGUUGAUGUUUUUCCUAACAAGUCUAAUUGGCAUUUAAAGUUUUGUAGGUAAAAUUAGGUGCUCAGGUCUUUUUCAUCUUGUGACUAUAUACCAUUUAAUUGUCGCUUGCCUCUGGUUUUCUAAUAAAAAAAUAUAAUAAUAAUGAAUUUAAAAAAAGGUGGCAGAUUUACAGUAAUCAGGGACUUUGACAAACUUUAAUGUGUUAUUGCACUAAUUUGACUGAAUGGGAAUCAUAGGUGGGCAUUAAAUCAGUUAAAAGCAAUGGACAGUGAGAUUCCUCUAAAUUGAAGGGAAACCAGUGUGCCUGUUUUAAUGUGAAAAGCAAACCACAAUCAGAAGUAUUCCUGGUGCUUCUCACUGAGCCAUGUUGACAGAUUUUGAUAACUUCUGAAAUGUAAUGUGUAGUUUUCCACGGAGACACAAUAAAUGCAUUAUUUACAGACAUACUUUGUUAAGUGAAGUUAAGCUUUGGAAGGUAUCAGUGACAUCCAGUCCACUACCCCAGAAAAAUGUGUACAAGUCUGUGGGGCAAACGACUGUCCAAACCAUCACUGUAAGUGCAUAAAUGCACUCUUUUUGUUGUAAUGGUCAGCAUCAGUGACCUGAGAAAAACACUGUCAUGAAGAAUUCUUUCAGUUGAGGUCAUGCAUGCAUUGUGUACGUGAUGAAUUUCAAAUUAUGCAUACAUGAAAAGAAAUGUUUCAUGUUUAUUGUACAAUCAUUAAUAUAUGAUGUUUCUGUAUGUAAUUAAACAGCUCUGUGGUG